AUGGAGAAGCAAAGUGAAGUAGUGUUAUUUGGGGUGUGGGCUAGCCCCUACAGCACCAGAGUUGAACUGGCCCUUAAACUUAAUGGCAUACCCUACAAGUACAUAGAGGAAGAUUUAACAAACAAGAGUGAACUGCUCCUCCAUUACAACCCUGUCCUUGGGAAAGUACCUGUACUGGUGCACAAGGGCAAAUCCAUCACCGAAUCGCUCGUCAUUCUCGAAUACAUUGACGAAUACUGGAACAACUCUCCCAAACUGUUACCUGAGGAUCCUUGCGAUAGAGCCAAAGUUCGUUUCUGGGCCAAUUUUUAUGAUCAGAAGGUAAUCCCAAGCACAUAUCCAAUCAUUAUGUUGAAAGGCAAAGAGCAAGAAAAGGCCAUAGAAGACAACUGUGAGUUGCAUAAGGUGUUUGAAGAUGGCAUUGAGAGGGAUUUUCAACAAAAGCCUCCUUUCUUCAACGGCGACGCCCUCGGGUUUCUUGACAUUGUGGUAGGCUCAAGUGCUUGCUGCUACAAAGCCUUUGCUGAGGCCGGCGGUUCGAGUGUUGAUCCGGAAAAGCACCCUGCAUUUUUCUCUUGGGUGAGUGCUCUGUUAGACUGCCCUCUGAUGAAGGAGACACUUCCACCCCAUGACAAGUUGGUUGCCUUGAUGAGAGAGAAGUUUUCCCUAUCUCCUAAAUGA